CAGAACAAGCAGAACAAGGUUAUCACUAGCAAUCUGGUUUUCACUGUUCUUCUUGUUCGUUUACCCUUUUGCUUAGGGCGAAUUGCUACUCUCCUUCAAGCUUUGCUUUUCUCUUCUGCUACAGCACAAAUAUUGUCACCUGUAGGGCUAAGGAUAGAGGCAGCUCUUUUGUCAGUAAAUACUAAGUCAAAGUACGCAUUAAAGGCAAUCACAUAUUUUGUUUUAUACUGCUACGGAGUUAACAUGCCGAGCCAGGUCUUUGAAGGGGACUCAGAAAUUAUCUAUACGGAGGUAACUAGGAUGAAGGAGGUCUCCAAUACCGUCAAUGGACUAGUUUCUGUUGGACUUUAUAACGAACAACCAAGUGAAACACUUGUCCUAUCUGAUGAUACCGCUAUUCUCAUUGGCUACGUAGUUAUACUAGCAUUUGUUUUGCUUUACUUUGGGACUGUGUCUAUGAUUCAUUAUGCAGGGGGUGAGCCUUCGACCGUGUUGUGGUUAUCUAGAAUUGGUGCAUUCUUGUCCCUUCUUGUUAGAAGAUUCUUUACACUAUGUAGGCAGGUUAUAAGUAUUGUUGGCAGGAAUUUUCUGACUAUUUUGAAAGUUGGAGUGGUCCUGGGAGUGAAAGCUGGCAUGUUUCCUUUGGUAUGUGGUUGGUGGUUAGAUGUUUGUACUUUGAAGAUGUUUGGACAGACGAUUGCAGAAAGGAUUGAGUUAUCUGUAAAAUAUCCUCUUUUGAUGUCCUUGGCCUACUGGAUAGUUGGAAUUUGCUACCAUAUGUGUGUUUAUAUCCAUUUGAACCUUAUUCAAGAGGUGUUGCGAGAUGGAGUUUUCCACUUUCUUCCAAACAUCAUUGAUACAGAGAACUUCUUCAGCGCAUUGAUUGAAUGCCAUGUGUUCAAGCAUGCUCGUGACAUUUUGUUACUUGUUGGUGUUCAUGGUAGUUUGAUCGUGAUGCUGGUGUUUUUACCUAUCAAAUUAGUCCUUUUCUAUCUGCCAUCCGCAUUCCCACUCAAUCUUUU